AUGCAGCUCGAAAUCCAUUCGGGUAUUGUUGAUAGCUUGUGUCCGCAUAGGUUAAAAUAUCGUAAACACGCCGUUCCCAACUUGCAGUCCGAUCUGAGAGCUACCGAAGCGUUUUCGGAGGCUCCGAUAACCGCAUGCCGGGGGAAGCGAGGCUGGCGGGAUGUAGUGCGUGUGGUUGAAGCUGCUGAGGGGGAUCUUCAGCAUACAAGAGGUGAAAGCUCUGCCAGCGCUCGCUUCGCUCCCCGAGGCGUCCCACAAGGAGGAACGUUGGAGACGCAUCGGAGCGCGCGCACACCUUGCGCCUUCGAUCCGGGUCGCUGCGCAGCCACGCAAACGUUCUCGGCGGAUCGGAGGUGGGAAGUGCCACCGGACCCCAACCGCAGCUCUCCCGGGGGCAGCUCCCGUCCCCGUCUGCGGGACCCCCUUCACCGCUUGACCGACCGGGAACGGGUCUGGGCGAGUCAGACGGUGGUACCCUCCGUCCGACAAACCGAACCCCGCGCGUUUAACUUUUCUGCGUGCACACCCGAGGGCGAGAUGUCUCACGCCUCGGUCCUGCCGCGCCUUUGCCCGGCGAUCGCUCUCCUCUCCUUUCCCGGUCGGGCCCUGCUUUAA